UGCGCCCCGGACCCCGGUGGCCCGCGGGCCCUCGAGGCAGCCCGUUGCUAACGGCCGGGCGAUGGCGGCGGUGCCGGGCGGGCCCGCGUUCCCGGUGCGCUCGGUGGUGGCGUCGCCGCGGCCCGUGAAGGCGCGGGCGGCCCCGGACGGCCCGCGGCGGCGGCUGCAGCUGGGCCCGGGCGCGGGGCCCGACGAGCUGGAGGCGGUGCCCGAGGAGGACGAGGAUGCGGAAGGGGAGGUGGCCGGGGAGGCGGCCGGGGAGGCGCGGCCGCUGCCCGCCGUGUGCCUGUCCCCCAUGCAGGGCAUGUGGCGCGACGAGCAGGUGGCGCUCUACUGCGACGAGGUGCUGCAGGGCUGCAAGGCCAAAGACGCGGAUAAUGCCAUGAGCAAAUACCUCUCGGAGAAGCUGAAGUUUAAGGACAAGUGGCUCGGCGUGUGGAAGACGAAUCCCGAGUUAUUCUUCGCGAAGUACGAGGAGUCUUCCAUCCCGUUUGUCGGCAUACUGCUGGAGGUGACCUGCAAACCGCGCCACAGCUCGUCCUGCUGCUUCAACGUCACCGUUUCCGUGGCCAAGCCCUUCUCCUCCAACAUUGCCAAUAUUCCCAGGCAGCUGGUGGAUGAGGUUCUGGAGGAGCAGGGACACAGCGUCCCCCUCCUGGAGAUGUACCCCGUGGUGGGGCAGGACACCCAGGAUAUCGCCUUGGCUGUGGAAGUGGUCAGGUUUUUUUAUGACUUUCUUUGGAGAGACUGGGAUUAUGAAGAAAGAUGUGAGAAUUACACUGCUCUGAUCGAAGAAAGAAUUGAUUUGUGGUGUGAUAUUCAGGACGGGACCAUACCCGUGCUGAUCACACAGCGUUUUAAAAAGACUUCGGAGAAAUACAAGAAUAAGCACGUAGAGCUCAUUGAGUAUCAGAGCAACGUCAAGGAAGACCCCUCCGCGACGAAGGCCGUGGAAUGCUGGAAGAAAUACUACGAGAUCCACAUGCUGUGCGGGUUACUGAAGAUGUGGGAAGACCUUCGACUCCGCGUUCACGGACCUUUCUUUCCAAGAAUUCUGAGGCGGAGGAAGGGAAAACGAGAGUUCGGGAAGACGAUAACGCAUAUUGUGGCCAAAGUGAUGACCACAGAUAUGGUGAAGGACCUGUCUUCAGACACGCUUCUUCAGCAGCACGAUGACCUGAACCUGGUGCUGGACAGCUGCUACAGCGGCGACACGGUGGUCAUCUUCCCCAGAGAGUAUCAAGUGGUCAACCUGGCCCUGCUGACCCACGACAUCGUUAUAAAAGGCGUGGGGAGGAGAGAGAUCGUGAUUACGUCGAAGCCCACGCACGACAGCUUUGUGGUGUCCAGGGCGGAGAAGGUGAAGCUCGAGCGCCUGUCGCUGGUCCAGCAGGGGACGGUGGACGGCAUCGUGGUGGUGGAGGCGGGCCACCUGACGCUGGAGGACUGCGUGCUGCAGUGCCAGGGCAUGGGCGUGUGCGUGCUCACGGGCGCCGCGCUCAGAAUCACGGACAGCGAGAUCUCGGGCACCCAGGGUGCGGGAGUCAAGCUGUACCCGGGAAGCACAGCUGUUCUGGAAAGGAACGAGAUCCAUCACUGCAAUAACCUAAGAAUCACCGACAGCUCAAAGAGCACUGUAGGGGGAGUAAAUAUGAAGGUGCUCCCGGCCCCCAUACUGAAGAUGACCAGUAACCACAUCUACAGCAACGGCUACAGCGUGAGCCUCCUCCAGCCCGCAGAGCAGUUCUUCAUCGUGAUGGAAGAUGACGCCCUGGACAAAGGGGCCGCUCCCGGCGAUAAGACGGACAAGACGAUAAGGAGGUAAGACGCUGCCAAGGUGAUGCAGAACCUGAACCUGGACAUGAACAACAACGAGACCGAGGCCAACCUCAAGGGCGACAUCGGGAGCGCCUCCUGUCUGUACACUUGUUGCAUUAAAAUACACCCGCGUUUGGGCGUCUCUGGGAGCUGACUCGCUUUGCUCCCCAAGGGCCGACGCUUCAGUACCACCUACGUGCACCCAGAGGCGUCUGCUUCCACUUCCGGGAAGAAGUGGGGGGUGGGGUAGGCAUCUUCCUGGAAGUACCACUCAUCAAAAUGGAAGGUGCCCACGCACUGGCCACACCUCACCCCUGGCGGUGCUGGGGAGACCCUCUGGGAUGCCAGGGACCAAACCUGGGUCGGCCGCAUGCCAGGCAAACGCCUGCCUCACACAAGCUCGCUCCUGGGUGAAGUGCGGGCCUCAACCCAGCACAGGGAUGAGAGGAAGCCUAGCAGUCUCUUCUACUCAACUUUCGGGGCCACACCUGGCUGUGCUCAGGGUCACUCCUGGCCCUGCCGGGGCACCAUGUGGGCUGCUGGGACCUGACCCUGGGGAGCCGCGUGCACAGGAGCUGCUGGACCAAACCCAUGACUGUAAAACCGCGCCCAGUACUUUGCCAACUUGGAGACCAAAAACAACGCCCCGUCCAAAAUGAACCCAGGAAUCCUGACUCGUUCUUAGACACUGGCGAGUUUUAUUGAAACAGAAAGAUACCGAUUCAGUAAGAAAAAGGUUUAAAAAAGUUAGUUCUACCGUCUACACUGGAAACAAAAAUCUGAGCAGUUUUGCUUUCAAAGGCAAAGUCGCAUGGUGUAGCCCUAGCUGACAUAUGUGUUCUGGUGGGGGUCCUAGCCAACGGGUAAACUGACUGCAGACACACCGCCACUCCCAGGCGCAUCUUUAGCUGCUGCAGUAGCCCUUGGCAGAGGGAUUUUUAUUUUUGCUUUCUGGGUCCCACAUGGUGCCGCUGAGGGGUUCCUCCUGGCCGUGUACUCGGGAAUCACUCCCGGCGGUGCUCGGGGAGUACGGGACGCCAGGAAUGAUUCUCAGCCCUGUGCAUAGUUUUCAUUUUGAAGCAGAAAGUAAAAUUUUCCUCACAUCUAAGACCAACAGUUACCUACAGGGCCAUUGUCCGGUGUAAUACUUUAUUUCCUACUGUUAGUGAACAAAAGGCGAGAAAGUAUGAAGCUAAUUUUAAAGGCAAAUCUUUACUCCUUAAAAGAAAAAAAUACAAACUGUGGUACUCGA